AUGGAAAUGUCGACCUGCAGCGAAAUGGGCGUCUUUUUCCAAGAUAAGUCAGUACCACGAUCUGGCCAGGAGCUUGCUCCUUCUGAUCACAACGGUUCCUUGUCCAUGAUAGUCUGUGAUCGAGAAGCUCUGAAGCCUGAAGUUCUCUAUUUCUUACCUGACCAUGGGCCAGAAGGGACGUUCGUCUACUUCCACCUGCAGUCGAGUUCCCCGUUGUUGAAUGAUCCAUUAAGGACUCAUCUAAUAUUUGGCUCAUGCUGGGUCCAGACUGAUAACAUAAGCUCAGGAUUCUGGUGUUCAAAAUACCAGUAUUCGGUAACCGCUUAUGUCCACCACACACCCAAUGAGCUGGAUAAUACUUUCCCUAUCCCUCUGUGGGUAAUGGUGCACGACAUGGCAACAUUAACUCCAUACGUUCUCUAUGUGGGAGACCUCUCUUACCAGCCAGAACUUGGUGAGCCUUGGGCUACCAGAAAUAAACGAGAUUCGCCCCGUCCCCUCUCUACCUCAGUCCAUGGUGGACAAUCCAUACCCUGCGAGACAUUCUUCGAACUACAAGUUGGCGUCGCCGAUUCGAACAGUCAAGAUCGACUGAGCCAUUUUAUGGAUAUAAUCGAACCGCUCCAACGACCAUACUCUGCGGAUUACAAUAUUUCUGCUUCAACAACGCCGGUUCCCAGCGUGAUACCCGGAGAACUUCCUUGGGGAUCAAGUGGUGCAUCACAUUCGCCACUUCCAAUCACUGAAAUGUACAAUGGCGACUCUUCCAACCCAUCCAGUCCAGAAUCCUCCACAUUUUCUCUGCUCUAUAUAAAUACUCCCAUCAUCGAUAUGGCGUAUAACUGGACCAGAGAGGAGACAGUCCAACGCCGAAGAAUCGUCCACUUUGUCCGCCAUCUCCCGAACAGGCAACUCAUCGAUAUUAACUUAUCACCCCCUUCCUGCCAGCGGCUAGGAGCCGAUUUGAUAUGCAUCAGCUGCAUAUACUGGCCUGGUAGAGAAGAGCUUUUCAUUACAAGUUCCGAUAUCAUUCGGCUUUUCCAGUGGCUCCUCCGGACUCCUAUACUCCAGCUGCAGAGAUGUCGGAUUCGACGAAACCUGGACCGUUUCCAACCCCACCUGAUAUCAAAGUCCGAUCCAGAAAGUUUUGAAUUUGCACGUAUGAUCCGGGGGUUCCGAAACCCAAGAGCGGUUGCCGUCCAAAAAGACAUGAAAAUCUUCCCAUGGCGAAUACUGCAAACUGCAAUUACCAAUAUUCUCCACAAGCAUGAUAUCCAGGUCCUCUUCCCGGCUUGUGGCAGGGCAUAA